UCACUGAUCCGUUUUCGUUUUCGAACAUCAAAUCGCAACGAUUUGACAUGUGCCAGAAAUCGAAACCGCCAUUUGUUUUCUAUUUUGAAAUCGUGAAGCUGCGGGCACGCGAAUUUAUUGAAAAAUUGAAGGAAACAUUAGAAAUGGGCAAGCAUAAAACGCCAAGGCAAGACGAAACUUUUUUAAGUUUUAUGGAGCAGCAUCCUGACAUUGCCAAAAAUUAUGUCAAGGGCGACCGAGUGGCAGCGGAGGCUCUUUGGGCAGAACUGGCCAAAGAAUUAAACAGCCAAGGACCACCACAAAAAGAUAUCAACGGAUGGAAAAAGGUUUGGUCGGACUGGAAGGGCUGCGUACGCAAAAAAAUUGCACACAACAAAUCGGAGACAAGAGCUACCGGCGGAGGUCCCUUCAACCAAUUUGUCUUAAGCUGCACUGAGGAAAAAAUUGCAGAACUUUGCGGUCUUUAUACUUGUGUAGAAGGUAUUCCACAAAGUUCCUCAUUCGGUGUACAAUGCGACAAUAGCAAUGAAUCAUCUGAUGACGAAAAUCCCACACCGAGUACUUCAGCGGUUGCAACAAGAACGCGAAGACCAAAUUCAAUGCAAGCAUGUAUCAAAGAACACAUGGCCACGGAAGCAGGUGCGGUUGAUUGUAUAUCUGGAACGUUAGGGAAGCUCCUGGAAAGUUUUGAUGACACCAAAAAUAUUUUGAAAGAUAGCAAUGGUGCAGUGAUAAAAUCGAUGGAAAAGUUAUGCGAUCUCAUUUCAAUACAGAACUCUCUUACCGCAGAACAAAAUGAAAUUUUGCGUCAGCAUAAUUCCAUAAAGGAGAGAAUUGGGAAAGAAAAAAGUGAUAUGAAGAAACGCAUGUUGGAGAUAGAGGAAGAAAAGUGGGAGUGGACGAAACGUGCAAGAUAAUUUUAAUUUAUUAUUUUUUUUAAAUACUUAAAAUGUUAUGAGAUCUCGGAAUUUUUUUUUUAGUUAUUUAAGAAUUAAAAUUUGUUUACAAUUUAUCUAGUUAUUUAAGCAUAUCAUGUACAUAAGUACAUACAUAUAUAAUCCUGUAUAAACGAAGAAUUGAAAAAAUUUUAUUUUAGUACAUAUAAGCAAUGUGAUAAAUUAAAUUUUAUUUUUUUAACUGUAAUAUAAAUGUGAUAGAUACCAUUAAAUUCUUAUUUUUAAGUAUCCCAAUGCAAGUAGUAUAUUAAGUUCUUGAAAUGCAAAGCAAGCACCUUCUGUAAAUAAUAUUGAAGUACAUUAAGUCUU